CGCCGCCAUCAUGGUGUUCAAACGCUAUGUGCAGAUAGGCCGUGUUGCCUACAUCUCUUUUGGUCCCCAUGCUGGUAAACUUGUGACAAUUGUUGAUGUAAUUGACCAAAAUAGAGCUCUUAUUGAUGGUCCCUGCACUGGUGUAAGAAGGCAGGCCAUGCCAUUCAAGUGCAUGCAGCUUACUGACUUUGUUCUGAAGUUCCCCCACAGUGCUCGGCAGAAAUAUGUCCGUAAAGCCUGGGAGAAGGAGAAGAUCAAUGAGAAGUGGACUGCUACUAACUGGGCAAAGAGGAUUGAUGCUAGAGAGAGGAAAGCAAAGAUGACAGAUUUUGACCGUUACAAAGUUAUGAAGGCAAAGAAAAUGAGGAACAAGAUAAUCAGACAUGAAAUGAAGAAACUCCAGAAAGAGGCUACCAAGCCAGCAAAAUAA